ACUUCUACUUUAUUCUGGAAAAAUGUGCUUUGAGGAUUUGGGGAAUUUCGAAAAGUUGGUGGGUUUUAUCGUAUUGACUUGGCUUUCAUGCAGUAGCCAUAGUCUUCCUUGCAAUGUGUCAUUAGCUGAAUCUUGUCCUGCUUCACUAUAUUAUGUUCCAAGAACCAGGAAAAGCCUGGAAGAAACAGCUGCUCUAUUCCAUGUAAACUUAAAUGCGAUUAAUAGAACCACUGAGGGUUUCUUGAUUGCAAUAAAUUGCAGCUGCCUAGCUGGCCAUGAUGAGUUUACUUGGCAUGUGGAGUAUGAAGUCCAACCUGAGGAUACAUGGGAUGUCAUUUCAUCAAAAUUUGGGUCAUUUGUUGUGGAAUAUCCUGAAAGGAAACUGAUUCCAUCACAAAUUGUGACUUUAGAUACUUUAUGUGGCUGUUCUGGGAGUGCAGAUACUGUCACGUACAAGGUCACAAAGGGAGAUACACUCUAUACAAUCUGUUCACGAUUCGGUGCAGAUCUAAAUAAGACUGUCAAGUUGAAUAGGAUUGAGAAUGCAGAGUUUAUUCAUAACGGAGAUGUGAUCUUUAUUCCUGAACCAGAGGGCCUUCCAAACCUUAUCGUGCUUGACAACAAAGAUUCAAGUACCAAAAAGGCAUCAAAAUCUCGAAUCAAUGCCGUGGUUGGAGCCAUUUCAGCUGCUUUUGCUAUUAUUCUCUUGACAGUAAUAUUUGUUUCUUGGAAGAACUGUAAAAAGAAGGGAAGUCAAGUACCAAUUUUCUAUUCAAGAAAGAUGGAUCACUUGCAUUCAUAUUUUGAUUCACGCACUUUUCUCACAAAAUCUGUAGAAAGCAUUGUUUCAUCGUUCAAUUCCAGUAAAGCUAUUUUGUUUCCUUAUCAUGAAGUUCGUGUAGCAACUUCUAACUUUAGUAUGUCUUUAAAGAUUGGCCAAGGCUCAUAUGGAUCUGUUUACCUCGGAAAAUUAAGAGGAACUGAUGUGGCCAUCAAGCAGAUGAAAAACACAAAAUCAAAAGAGUUCUUAUCGGAGAUAAAUAUUCUUUGUAAAGUUCAACAUUCAAAUUUGAUUGAGCUUAUCGGGUAUGCUGCUGGUGGAGACUCCUUGUAUCUUGUUUAUGAAUUUGCCCAAAAUGGUGCAUUAAGUGAUCAUCUGCAUGUCUCCAGUGAUAGGGGUUAUAAGCCACUUGAUUGGACUAUGCGUGUUCAGAUUGCUCUAGAUGCAGCAAAAGGUCUUGAGUACAUACAUAAGCACACAAAACCAUAUUAUGUUCAUCGAGAUGUGAAAACAAGCAAUAUUCUCUUAGAUUCCAAUUUUCGUGCAAAGAUUGCGGAUUUUGGGCUGGUAAAACUAUUGGAGCAUUCUCCAGAAGUUGGUGCUGCAGCGUCAAGAAUUGUUGGCACAUUUGGUUAUCUUUCCCCUGAGUACGUUCGAGAUGGACGUGUGACAACAAAGACUGACGUUUAUGCCUUUGGAGUUGUCCUUAUGGAACUACUAACUGGCCAACAGGCUCUAAGCAGAGAUGCAAACCCUGGAAAUAAUAACUACAGUGAACAUAGGACAGUGGUGGAUUAUAUGUUAUCAGCAUUAAAUGAUACCCAAAAGCCCAUGAUUGAGCUUGCCAAAUGCAUUGAUCCAAACCUUACCCACUACCACAAAGACUCUGUUUUAGAGAUGGCAUUAUUGUCCAAGGAUUGUGUGGGUGAUAACUGGAACCAGCGUCCGGACAUGUCAGAAGUUGUGUUCCGCCUGUCACACAUUUUUGUGAGCUCUGAGGAGUGGGAGAAACAACCAUGCACUCAAACAGAAUCCUGAGAAUUGUCGGUUCGCGCCUCUCUGGCUCAUAUUCCUCAUAUUUACCGGACUCUUUGGGAAUACCAAGCAAUUGGAAACCAAACAGAAUUCUUUCUGGGAAAAUGCCAUGAGACUGCUAUACGGCAUACAGAACAGUAACAGAUACAUACAAGCACCCCAAAAAUAGAGGUUGGAAUAGAAGUUUGGCAGCUGAUUCCAAAUCCCAUGAAAAUCAAGAAAAGGUAAAAGCAAUAGAAUUAGAAAUAGUCAACCAAGUAAAUUAAAUAUCAGCAGGAUACUGAAUUUUCCAGCUUGUAUUAACCAAAUGUUCGACUUUUUCGAAAAUUUAAUGUUCCUGUCAUUCCAGUUGCUCAUAUAUAGAUAAUAGUCAUAUAAUAUCACAUGAAAGUCUGAACCAUCCCAUAAAUUUCAUUGGACGUAAACUUCCUGAAGCGCAACUCCACAAAUAAAUUUCUUCUAUAUGAAACGCUUCCAAGAGAGAAUUGUUUCCAUGUCGUUUCUCUUGUCAGAUUUUCAGCUAGGAGAUAACAAGUCUGACGUGAGAAUGGCUCUCCCAGUUGGAUUACAUAUCAGACAUGAGACUCCCGAGCCAAUUCGUGUCACAUUGUAAAAAAUACACAAAAUGAAACUUUUAGGACACCUAGAAUUAUUGAAGAAAUUUUAUGAAAAAUUGUGAAGCAAUGAAGAUGCAACUUGCAGCUGCAACUGUAAAACGCAAAUUCCACAACCCUCCAGCCCCGUUUUGGAGCGAGUGAAAACGCUUU